AUGCCUCCAAUCACCCUUCUCACCACGCCCGGGGCGCGCAACCUCAACGACAAGGUCCUUGCCAAGAUUCCUGGACUCCGGUUCCUCGAUAACGGCGACUUCCCUCUGGGCGAUGAGAUGUCAUGCGCCAUGUUGCUGGGAAUUCAGACGAUGAAGAAUGACCGCAAGCUCCCCAAGAACACGAACGUCAUCAAGUUCUACAUUCACAGAAUCUCCAAGAGACUCUAUGGCCUCAUCCUGGAGGCGAACAAUCAUCUCUUGGAGCUCAGACUUGGCCUUCGCACCUACGAACACAACGAGUUGGCCGAAUUCCUCCGCAUGAACACCCAGUAA